AGAUUCAGGAAGUCCACUCUCACUUCACUCUCUCUUCACUCUCUCAGAUUUUUUUAUCUCGUUCGUCUCCUUCUUCAAAUGAAUUGCCUUCACCAUCUUCCAAGAUCAUCCUCUGCUUUGCCUCUGCAAGGCUUCAACCUUCACCACAGAAGACCUUCUUCUCUGUCGUUAUUCUCUUUUAACAUGGCAGGAACCAUGGAUUAUCAUGAUCUGCAGUUACGUGUAGCUGUGAAGGCAGCUCCUGGCUCGCCAUCUAGUGCUGAGAUGAGUGGCAAUGACGUUGAGGAAGAAGAAGAAGAAAAAUCUGAGAUAUAUAGUCAUAACAUGACUGAAGCUAUGGGGGCUGUUUUGACUUAUAGGCACGAACUAGGAAUGAACUAUAACUUCAUUCGUCCAGAUUUGAUUGUCGGAUCAUGCCUACAGACUCCUGAAGAUGUUGACAAGCUUCGAAAAAUUGGGGUCAAAACUGUGUUUUGCUUACAACAGGAUCCAGACUUGGAAUAUUUCGGGGUAGAUAUCAGUGCCAUUCGAGACUAUGCGAAGGCAUGUGGUGACAUUCAGCAUGUGCGUGCACAGAUAAGGGAUUUUGAUGCAUUUGAUUUACGGAUACAGCUACCAGCUGUUGUCAGCAAAUUACACAAAACCAUAAACCAGAAUGGAGGUGUGACAUAUAUACAUUGCACUGCAGGACUGGGAAGAGCACCUGCUGUUGCGCUGGCAUACAUGUUCUGGGUUCAGGGCUACAAGCUUAAUGAAGCUCACGAUUUGCUUAUGAGUAAACGCUCGAGCUUCCCAAAAUUGAAUGCUAUCAAAAGUGCAACUGCUGAUAUACUAACAGGCCUUAGAAAAAAGCUUGUCACUUUGAAAUGGGAAGACAAUAAUUAUUCUUCAGUGGAAGUUUCUGGGCUUGACAUUGGAUGGGGCCAGAGGAUACCUUUAGAAUUAGACGAGGAGAGAAAGUUUUGGGUUCUCAAGAGGGAAUUGAUGGAGGGAGUCUACGAGUACAAGUACAUUGUUGAUGGUGAGUGGACCGUCAACAAAUAUGAGCUAGUUACCACUGUCAACGGAGAUGGCCAUAUCAACAAUUAUGUUCAAGUUCUUGACGAUGAUGCAGACAGUGCUAACGCUGUACUGAGAAAGAGAUUAACCAGUGAUGACCUUUGGAGAAAUUAUUGUUCAAUACUUUCAUGA